AUGCAGUGCAUGCAGGGGCGAAGCCUCCUGCACAAGAUGCACGGGGCCAAAAAGUGGCCGGUCUCGGUCCAGGAGGCAGGACACGAGGAAGACGACCGCCUAGCGAUAGUUUGUUUGCUGUCGCUCGACCCUUCGUUGGUCAAGGAAGAAGUGGUCGGCCGCUUGCUGAGCCGCCAAGAGGCCGCUCCCUGGUCGAUCGACACGGGCAUCGACUUGGAGGAGCUCGUGCGGGACACCAUGCUGGCCGCAGAUCAGGAGCAGGCGCUCAAGCAUCUGGCGAACAAAAAGGCCGGUCAGGCGUCGGCCAAGGACGUGCGGAAGAGGGCCUCUCACACCUACGAGCACGUGGCCAAAACGUUCGCUGGUCGGCCGGAGUACAAGAAGUUCCAGGCCCAGCGAAAGGAGAAGGAGAAGAAGGCCGUUCAGGAGCAGAAAGCACGGGCGGCCGAGGCGAAGAGGGUCUACGACGACGUGAACGUGGACGUCGACCGGGUCCUCAAGGCUGCCGUGCCGCCGGGCGUUCGUGUGUACACCGACGACCGGAACGGCCGAUGGAGCCUCACGUACAGCACGGCCUGGGCCUUCGCCACCAGAAGCAUUUCUUGGACUCAGGUCGGCAGCAAGCCGGCCGGGCGGGCUGCGGUUGAGCAAAGCUGGGACUGGGCGGAGACGUUCGCGGGCCUCGCCAUGUCGGACGAGGCCGCAACGAUCCUGAAGAAGUUGUCGGUUGCAGCUGCAGACCACCAGUUUCAGUGCAUAAGUCAACAGCAGGCCGUCUUCAAGCUCGUCCUCCAGCGUCGGCGUGAAGCAGGUCUGUCAGAAAAACAGGCGGCCCGGUUUCGCAUCCGUGGCAAGCGGAUGCUGCGGACGGCAUCCGCCAUGAAGGUCAAGUGGAACCACAAGAAGAGCAAGGACAUUCGCGAGCAGUUCGGGGCGAUGGCAAAGGCGGCCUACGAGGACAACCGCCAAAGGGCAGAGGCUUUCAAGACUGCCCGGAGCAAAGACUCUGUCUUGUUCGACGAACAGCAGGUGGAUCGUGCCCAAGACGAGGAUGCGGAGGCCAUAGCCGUUCGAGUGCAGGAGGACAUCGAGGCCGAUUGUGCUAGGAGGGACGUUCUCGAGGACUCCUGGACCUGGACGUUGGGCGUGCCUUUUCGCGACUUGGUCGAGGUGGGCAGUGGGGUCGACGGACAGGUCUUUCGGGCCUCGUUCCAAGGACAGUCGUUGGCCUUGAAGCUGGCCAAGGGUCGCGGGUGGCCUCGACGUCGCGGAGGAGUUCGCCGUUCUCGGGGCGCUUGGCCAGCACCCGAACGUCGUUCGAGCCUUCGCCGUUCUCAGCAGUUCGCUCGGAAGGCCAGCUCUGUCGGAAGGCCAGCUCUGGUCCUCGAGUGGGCAACGGAGAGCCUGCAGCAAAUGGCUCGCAGGCUGAAGGACGACCGCCUGGAGACCUCGCCGGCCGGGCGAAGGUCGCUGCUCAACCUCUUUCAGCAGUUCGUUGUCGGCCUCUCCUACGUGCACAGCCGCUCGUUCCUGCAUUUGGACGUCAAGCCCACGAACAUCCUGGUCUUCGAUGGCGUUCGUGCAGCAGUUGCAGAUUUCGGCCACUCGGAGCACGUUUCGGACACUGGCUGCACGGUGAUCGGCAAUCGGGUCUACACCGAGGCCUUUCGCUGUGCGGAGUGCCUCAUGGCGGCCGAUCGGAAGGCCGGAUUUCUAAAACCUAUAAGCUAA